AUGAGAAAAGAUAAAAAUUUAAAUGGAAAUAAUGAUGACAAAAUAUUAUUAAAUUUAUCCAAAUAUCCAUCUGUUUUAAUUACUAAACCUAAUAAAGGUCGUGGUGUCGUAAUACUUGAUCGUAAUGAUUAUACUGAAAAAUUAGAAAACAUUUUAAGUGAUAAUAAAAAAUUUAAAUUAUUGAAUGAAGAUCCUACCAUUUCUUGCGAAAACGCAUUAACCACUGUUUUACGACAAAUGAAAAACGAAGAAUAUUGGACACAACAAGAAUAUAAAUAUAUUAAACCAGUAGGUUCUGUUCCAGCAAGAUUAUACGGCUUACCAAAAGUUCAUAAAGAUAACGUACCUCUCCGACCUAUAGUAUCAUGCAUUAAGUCAUACAACUACAAAUUAGGUAAAUUUUUGGCUAAUAUCAUCAAACCAAUACGUGUUAGCCCUUAUUCAUUAAAGCAUACCAAUGAUUUUUUUAAAUUCAUACAACAAAAUUCACAUUUAUCUAGAAAUAAUAAAAUGAUUAGUUUUGAUAUACAAAGUCUUUUUACAAAUAUUCCAGUUCGUGAAACUAUCGAAAUUAUCUGCAAUAAAUUGUAUUGUACGGAUCCAAAAUUAAGACCUUUUAUUCCUGAAGAUUAUUUUCGUAAAUUAUUAGAAUUUGCUGCUACAGUAAAUCAAAACAAUGCUAAAAUAACUGAAUCAUAUGCUAAUUUAACAAUGAAUAUUCAAACGAAUUAUCACAUCUUUAUGUAUGAUUUUUCUUUUUUCGUUGAUUACUUAAGUGAUAAUGUAUCUGCUGUUGAAUUAUUUAUUGUUAAUGAUAAAAUUAAACUUAUGGAAUUAAAUAAGAAAAACUUAAUCGAGAAAUAA